AUGGGGAGGAGACGCAGGACCGCCUCCUUCAGCGAGUCCACCCACUCUGAGUUCUCCACAGAAGAUGUGGCCAGCCUGCAGGAGGAGCUGCGGCGGUGCCAGUCCUUGAAUGAGCACCUAAGCGAACAGCUCAGCGCAUGUCAGGGGAUGGCGAUCCGCAUGCAGGGCUACCUCUUCAAAUACAGGGACUACAUUGUGCAGCUGUUCUCAUCCCCAUGGGCAGAGCGCUACUUCACCCUCUGUGGGUCGACCCUCAAGCAGUUCAUAACAGACAAAACCCCACAGCCACGUGCAACGAUCGACCUUGUGGGGACCACCGUGCAAUGGGAGGGCCUGAAGCAGGGCAGAUUCUGGACGUUCAUGGUCCUGGACUCUGCCAACUGCUGCCUCAUACGGCUGAGCUCCGAGAACCGAGCUGUGGCAGAGUCAUGGAUUGAUGCAAUCAAGGCAGCUGCAGGUGUACAGAAGCGGGUCUCAAGGGCAUCCAGCCUGCCCCAACUGGGAGAGGACAUGCACGUCAGCAGCCCUACAGUACCUGGUCACAGACUGGGAAGGUACGGAUCGCUGGGGUCCCUGCACGAGAUGGAAAGGAGUCCGAAGCACAGACGACGGAAUGAGGGAUCGGAUGCGACCUCGGACCUGACCAGUCCGAGCCUCAGUGGGCCCGAGUCAGGCUCAGAAGAGACUGAACAGGAUUGCCAACAAGACAAUGCAAAGAAGCCGAGCCCCCCUUUGUGUGGCUCAACACCCCUCCACAAGGAGAACAAGGCCUCUAUGCUGGCAUCCGAGCAACUGCCUUUACACCCGCAACCUGGAUUGGUGAACCUGGGGGCUGUAGUGCUUGUUGCGACCAAUUUCCGUCUGAUACUGGAGAAUAUAUUCAAGUACGGCCUCCUGUUCAACCCUUUAAGGUGGAUCCAGGAGCUAAUGUUGGGGUCAUUCACUGCCCUCAUCUUGUGCUGGCCAGCUCUGGCUGCAUGCUCCCUGGCAUCGCUCUACAUCGAGAAAUGGGGAGCAGCAAAAGUGCUGGAAGAGGUGAAGCAUCGCAGGGGGCUGCGGAAGAAGGAUGCCUUUGUGAAGAAGACAAACUCUGCCAAGGGAAAGAGACAGCCAGGCUCUGACAAGAUGGCCUGUUCUCAGGACUCAUCUUCUCUAGCACAGGUGCACAUGUUAGUGACAGCAGUGCACGUUGUGUCCUGCAUUGUCUGCCUUGUGGUGCCAAUGGCCAUCAUCUUUCACACAGACCAAGGGGGGCUGCUUCCAAAGUUCUUCCUCACGUCAGCCACGCUGGCAGUUAUGAUGAAGCUGGUGUCGUUCGCCCACUGCAACCAAGAUCUGAGGAUGGCCAGGUGCAGAGAGGAGGUGAGACCAGGUGAGCGCGGGUCGGCAAACCCUGUGGAGGGGGCAGACCAGCCUCUGCAGUAUCCCGAGAACCUGACGGUCAGCAACAUCCUGUACUACAUGUGUGCACCCACCCUGACCUAUCAGGUCACUUUCCCAAGGACGGGGAGGGUGAGGGUGAAGUGGCUGCUCCGAAGGGUCUUGGAGCUGAUCGUGGCGGUGUCGUUUUUCACUGCCGUGGUGGACCAGUACAUCAACCCAUCCAUUGCCAAUUCCAUGCGACCCAGGCGUGACCUCCAGUGGCUGCCCUUACUGGAGCGUGUCCUCAAGCUGUCGGUGCCAGUGGUGUAUGCCUGGUUGUGCAUGUUCUACGUCGUUUUUCACCUGUGGCUUAACAUACUGGCCGAGGCGCUGAGGUUUGGGGACCGGGAGUUCUACAAGGAUUGGUGGAACGCCACGAACCUUGGGGAUUACUGGAGGCAGUGGAACUUGCCAGUACACAACUGGCUGCUGCGGACCAUAUAUGCGCCGGUCAGGAGUUGUGGGGCAACCAGGCUGUCGGCAACGUUUGUAGUGUUCUUUGUGUCUGCGGUGGCCCACGAGCUGAUGGUGAUUGUCCCAUUGAAGAUGACAAGGGCAUUCCCACAUCUGUUCGUGGGUAUAAUGAUGCAGAUGCCACUGAUCAUACUUACUCAGUGGAUGCAGAGCAAGUGGGGGGAGCGGUGGGGGAACAUCACAUUCUGGGUGUCCUUUUGCAUUGUGGGCCAGCCCAUAUGCCUGCUCAAUUACUACUAUGACUUCAUCAGGCUGAACGGCGCCAUCGCUUCCACCAUAGGGUGA